CGUGCAUCAAAAGGCUAUCUAAUAUACUAAUCUACUGGUCUAUCUAAUAACAUAAAGAAAAAUGAAGAAUAAAAAAAGGUACAGGAUCGAUAGGCAUGUCUCAUUGUUCAUUUCCCCUCUUGCCCUUUUCUUCUUCCUGGUUAUAUAGUCCCGAGCUAUACUAUCCCAGGGUUUCAUGUCCAUCCGCUUUUUUUGCUCUUUCGGUUUGUCCCUUUUUUUAUUUUGGUUGCCCACGGUCCAGCCAGCCCAUUAGCCCUCCCUCUAUGCAGACCCCGACACGGCGAUCCACGCACAGUCGAUUGAAACAGAUUCCAAACACGCCACAUCAAGGCUUAAUCAUCAGACGGUGUGCAUACUCCCUCCGCCCGGAGAAAGGUCCAUGAUUCCGGAGAAGCCAACCACCGAGCCUGGUGCCGGCGUGGGAGAAGGAAAAGGAAAUGCAUUUU